AGUUCGCGUUAAAGUUUGAUAAAAUAAAAUCCCCCCCGGCGCUUUCACAGCAGCGGUGGUGGCGAUCGUUUUUUUCCUUGCCUCUGUCUCUCUUCUCUGCAUGCUUGUUGGUGUAGCGUCCCGCGUUUAACCUGUAUUGUGUCAUGAUUUGCUCCGGCUGUAGUUCGGCAAUUGUAUUAUCAGAUUUGCCGUUGAAAUGUGUGGGCUUUAACUGUGCACGUUUGUUUCACUACAAGUGCACCGGGCUCACCAAGGCGACGGCAAAGAUGAUUACAGACAACGAUAAUCUUUGCUUCAAGUGUGAUGAGUGUUUAUCAAACCAGUGUUGUGGUGGGCAACAUUUGACUCCGGACAUGAAGCGUAUCGAAGAAGAGAUGCAGAAAUUAUCUUCUCUCUCUGACUCGGUCAUUCAAAUGCGGGAUCAAAUUGCGACCCAGAUAAACAGCGCGAUAAAUAUCGGUAUGGAACAGUUGAGAUCAAAUGUAAAGGAGUCUCUUGAAAAAUUAUUAUGUGAGAAAUUUGAAAAAUUGAAUCAUUCGGUUUUGCAAUUAAAUACGAAUCAGAAUAUAGCUGCUAUUAAUAAUGCUCGCGCGCGGAUUGGGACGAUUCCUUCUGAAUCGGACCAAAUCGGCAAAAAGCGUAGAAUCGAAUACGAAAAUAAUGACGAUGUUUUUGACGACGGUGCAACUUUUGCGCAAGUUGUUAAAAGUCGCGGUAAAAACAAUAAAUCUAACUCAAGUAACAAAAGUAAUACUAAUAUCGGAUUUAAACCGGUUAAACCUAAGACUCGUCCGGUUAUUGUGAUUAAACCGAAAGAGUCCAAACAACCUUGCGAGGAAACUCGGAAGUUUUUGAAAACUAACUUAGAUCCUAAAACACACAAAGUUAGUAAUUUCAGGAACGGUAAAGAUGGUUCCAUUAUUGUCGAAAAUAUUGAUUUAGUGAAAAAUGGCAUUCAAAGCAAUCUGGGUGAAAAAUACAGUGCUGUUGUUCCCACGUCGGUGCCUAGAUUGAAAGUAGUGGGCAUGAGUGAGAAUCUUUCUCCUGAUGUUUUCAUUGACUAUUUAAAGAGUCAAAAUGAUUGCAUCACAAUCAAUGAGUUACGAAUUCUGAUAUGAAAAUAACCGAUCAUGAGACAUUAGUAAUUAAUGUUCUAGAAAACUUGAAUAAUAAUAAUGAUUCAAUAAAAUUGAAUGCUGGAGAAAAUAUUCGAAACAGGCUGACCUUGUUGAGAAAAGCUUGGGUUUUCCAAUCGCGACCGGUAGUUUAGAUGAAUCUGCAGCUGUUCUUACUAACAUUUUGAAGACGUGUACGAAUCAAUUAGUUGAACAUAAAUUUGUUUCGCUGAAAAACUCGAACAGCUGGUAUAGUUUGGAUCUUUUGCGCCUAAAGCGCAAG